UUGUGAAUCACGCUCGAUGGAAUACACAUUUUGUGAGAUUGAAAUUCAAAGGUAUUUAUCGCAAACUCGAAAAUAAUGGCGGAGACAGACGAUAGGAAGGUGUUGAAGAUGUCUCUGGUUUGUUCUAUAUGUCUCCAGCAACUGAACAAGCCGCGCUCUCUUCCGUGCUUUCACACGUUCUGUGAGUCAUGCCUGAAAAACUACCUUGUGAACGCCCCGGAGAAACCGGACGCAACGAAGAGCGGGAUCCCAUGUCCGACAUGCCGCCUAGCCACCUUUUCGCCGAAGCCUACACUUCCGGUCGACAAAUGGGCGGAAAACUUCCCUGUGAACCAUUUGGUCGGAACGCUGAUCGACAUUGUUCCGAUGACCGCGCGGCUAGAGUUCUGUGAGCCGUGUAAGGACAAUAAGGUGUCCAAGAUCGCCAUGUCUUGGUGCCAGGAAUGCCAGGAGGCGCUGUGCGAGGAGUGCGCCAAGUGCCACAUGUCCAUGAAGGCCACCAAGAACCAUGAGAUCACGCCAUUGGAAAAUGUACGCAGUAAUCCGAAACGAUCGGUCCGCGAAGAGGUGACAUGCAGCGAACACACUAAACGGGAAGUGGACAUGUACUGCAAGGACCACGAGCAGCCAAGCUGCGCCAUGUGCAUUGCCAAGGACCACCGAAAGUGCGAGAAAAUAUAUCAGAUCGAGGAAGUUAUGAAGAAGCAAGAAGCCACUGACCAGGCGCGCCUCAUGAAACAGAUGGACAAGCUUGUGGCUGACACAGACGGCGUGAAGAAAGAACGACAGGAAGUCAUGAGAGGAACCAUGGCUCAGAAAAACAAAAUGCUGCAGGAUAUUGCUCACGCCAAAAAGAAACUGCUCGAUCACAUUGAAAAGCUCGAGUCUCAAAUCACUGCAAAGUUCAACGCUAUUACUCAAACGGAUUUCGCGAUUAUGCAAGAGCAGAUUGACUACUGUAACAGCGUACAGAGCGCUAUGUACCAUGCCAAGAGUGAGAUCACCUCUGCUAAGGAACAACAACUGAAGAAGAGGGAGUUUAUCGUUACUCAGCAAGGUCAAAAGAAAUAUGAAGAAUGUACGGAGGGGCUGAAGAAAAUCGUAGAGAAUUCAGCUAAGAUCCAUUACGCUUUUGAAGAAGACAUACAAAUUUCCGAGACCCUAGGCGCACUGAAAAUACUUGGGAAGCUGGACGUAAAACAUACUUACCCUAACAAGAAGCCGGUGACGCCCCCGUUGCCACCGACGCCCCCACUCCCGGAAGACAACGAGAAAAAGGCGACCAAGAAAGUAAAAACCUUCAACGCAAAGGUGAAGGGUGACAAGCGCGAGUGUAGAAUUACAGCCAUUAAACUCUGGUGUAACAAGAAAGUUCUCCUGGCCGAUAAUGCAAACAGUCGCCUUAAACUUUUCGGGGAGUUCGGCGAUCUUACAUGCACGUUUGAUUGUAUGAAUGCACCAUGGGACUUUACCUUUAUAGACAAAGGCAAAUGCGCUGUUACCUAUCCCAGCGAGCGGAAAAUACGAAUCUUUAGAGUCAAAGAAACUAUUACGGAAGUUGGUUUCAUACAGGUCAUGAGGGGUGGAAACGGUAUCUGCAUGGCGUGCGACGACCUUGUUGUGACGUUUGGUAGCGGAUGUAUCCGGGUUAUUUCCCUUGACGGCGCCGUGAAGAUGAUGGUUGAUACGGACUACAUCGGUAAACGGGUGUUCAGCAACCCGGAGUUCGUCACGUUUAGUCACAUGACAUCCACCAUCUUUGUCUCCGACUACAACAACCACAACGUGACCGCCCUAAAGUACGACAGUGGGAAAGUGGACAAGACGCCGCAGUUCGUCUACCCAGUUUCCGGUCCGCGGGGCGUUGAGGUGGAUUUUCACGGGAACCUGUACGUAUGCGGCUUCUGGUCGAACGACAUCCAUAAGGUACGAGAGGAGGGCAAGUUCCGGCAGAUGCUGGUCAACUCGUUAGCCCGACCCCUGUGUAUCGCCUUCAAUGAAGAGGGAGAAAAGUUUGCGCUGUCCGAACAGGGAAAUCCGAACUCAGUGAAGGUUUACCGCAUUAUUGCCGCCUCCGAGGUCGAAGAUGUGUGAUUACAACUUUAAUUGCAAAAAGCAUUGUGAUAAAAUUAUUAAAAAAAUAUAAAUCAAGACUCGUUGACGAACAUAAUUAUACAUCAACAAAGAACAUCAUGAAGUUUGGAAUUUACGAUGAAUUUUUACUGGAAAAAUAUUAUUUGUGUUCUUUGUUUUAUAUCCUUAAUGGUUGUGUUCCUUUUGGUUGAUAUUGUAGACGUUUUGCUACCAUCAUUAAGUUAUUUAGUGUGAGUAAUAACUAAUGAGUUACAGUACCUUUUAAUGUUUACGAUUCAGAAAUUAAUACAAAUCAGACAGAAAUCAAAUACUGUACUAUGAUUCAUGUGCUAUAAAAUUACAUCGUAAUAGGAUCAAGCAAACUCAAAGAUGAUUUUUGUUUUUUUGCAAAAUUGUUUUGAAUUAAACCAGGGCCAUGUUAUAUAUAUUUAUUAUCAUACUAAAUGUCCAAGAAGCCAAUGAUAUUCUAAGAAGCGGGAGUUAUAUUUUAUACUGUAGUUUGCUUUUGAUCUUAUUCAAUAAAAAUAUCAAGAAGAAUGUCCUUUGUUCCUGAAAAAGUCAUACUAAUGUUCUAUCAACUCAACAGGUGUUUGUUUCAUUGACAAAAGCAAAGAACAUACGGCAAAUCAUCAAACAAGAACGCCAUGUUGAAGGGACUCGCUCAUGGUUUGAAGCAUGCACUU